AUACCUCACCAUUCUGCACAGUAAAUGGUUUCCACUUGGAAUUAGUUAAUGGAGAAAUAUUUUGGCUACUUUUGCUGAAGGGGUUUGCUUUGCUUGCAAGGUCGUUCAGAAAAAGCCCCCUGAACUUUGAACCAUAUCUGCAAAGUGAGAUAAACAAGAGCCAUAUAAAUACCACAGCCCUUUUCCCCACAGUGUUUUCUUCUGCAGUGGAGUUAGGCACAGCUGCCAAGGAGAGGGAGAGGAAAGGAUAAAGCCCAGCCAUGUGGGCAGGGCUGGGGCUAGUUCUGGCUCUCUGUCUCCUCCCAGGAGGAGGGACAGAGAUCCAGAACUGCAAGGAGGCCCCAGAAUGGCGUAUUGGGGAGGAGAACCCAAUGCUGAACUCUAGGGGCUCAGUGACAGUGGUGGCUCUCCUCCAAGCUAGCUGAUACUUGUGCCUGCUGCAGGCUUCCAGAUUGGAGGACCUGCGAGUGAAGUUAGAGAAUGAAGGACUGGUCAAUAUCUGGUAUAUGGUUGUCAACCAUAAGGGAACUUAUUCCCAGAGGAAAUUUCACCUACUGAAAGAAAGUGUUUCAGACCAUAUUACUGUCUACCAGCAAGAUGAAGAGCAAGCUGAUGUCUGGACUACCUUAAAUGGAAACAAAGAUGACUUUCUCAUCUAUGACAGAUGCGGCCGUCUAGUGUAUCACCUGGGUCUGCCCUAUUCCUUCCUGUCUUUCCAAUAUGUAGAAGAAUCUAUUAAGAUUGCAUACUGUGAAAACAAGUGUGGAAACUGCUCUUACACGGAACCUGAUAUUGGUGGUAUAUGUGAAAACAUCACUAGAAAAGCAGAGGAAAAGCUAGCAGAGCUAGAACCCAAACCAACUGGUCAACAUUCACAUCUCCACAACCUCCACAGACAUAGACAGCAGCACCACCAUCGCGAGGGCAGUCGUCAUUCCAAAAAUGAGAACCAUCAGGCUCCUUCUGAAACUCAAAGACAUCAUCCUCACAGCGGUCGGCGUCAUAGAGUCUUUGGCCAUAACAGACAUGAUCAGACAGGUAGUCAUGCACAGGUAGACACUGUUCCUCAAGGAGAAAGUGUGGAAAUUACACAAGAUAAAAAGCUAUGAAAAAAAGGGAAAAACAGCUGUAAAAACCAGUUAACUUGAAACUGGCAGACAGCAUCAGACUCAACUUCUAGUAGCUGAUGCUGUCAUUGUCGACACCUUUUGUUUGAAGAGCUAGGAAAUUCUGUCACUUGACAGUGUCGUGGAGCACUUCCAAAUUCUUGCAGGUGACAUGGCCAACUGUCAGCAGAGGACAUCACUGAAUCUUGACAGUGACGUCUGCUGACUGCUGCCUGACAGUCACCAGCAGCAGGAGCAAGUGAAACUAGUGACACCUGACAGUGACAGGAAAAGGCAAGAAACUGAGCCUGAGAAACAAACUAAGCACCUUAAAAAUGCAAGGGAGUCCUACUACCUAAAUUCAUAUAGUUGCGAGAGAGGAAAAAUGAUCAGAUUAAGUGGUUUUAUUGCCCCCAAUUAAAUAUUAUACUGACAGGUGUGUAGAGUUAAAAUAUUGCAAAGAACUAGACUUUUAGAGCAGUGCUCUUAGAAUUACACAAUACCUGUCAAAUUCCAUCAGUGAAAAGCUUCAUAAUUUAGAGGAAUUUAAUUGACCUGUAGUUUGUUUUUCAGUUGCACUGGAAAGGUGUUGGCAUUCUUGAUUAAUUUGUCUUUCUUGUUUCUCUUCUAACAUUCUGCUUGCAUUUGUGAGGGCAGGAGCAUAAACUAUGACCUAGGGGCUCCUGUCUGAUGUUUUGCAAUCAAGAAUAGAAGAUAACCAAAACAGAUAUUUUAAUCAUUUUUUUAUUAAGAACAUGGAAUAUAUUCAAAAGUUGGGGUUUUUUUUCCUAACCUAGGGAUACAAAUUAUGUACAAGAAAAGCUUAUUCCAAAGCAACGUGCCAAGAUAACUUUUUAUCUCAAAUGUAAGAUACAAGCAGUAAUUGCAUUAUUUUAAAGUAACAGAUUUAUAUACUUAACUUUUGUGGCUUAGAUAUAGUAUCAGGGCCCAUUAAUACAUAUUACUACAGCUUGUAAAAUCCCACUAAAUCAGUAAGAUUGUGCCUAAAGUGAGAAGCAGUGUUAACAACUCUCCAUGCAGAAUCAGUAUCAGUAUCAAAAAGAGGGAGGGGCAGAACAAAUUUAAUCUUGGUUUAAUGUUUAUCUUUGUUUAUAACAGUGCUGAAUUUGAUAAAUCUCUAUGGAUUAGUAAAAUAAGAUACCACUUAAACUUGUGUAACUUCUCUGUAGCUUAGCAUUCCUAACCUUUGAUUAACUGAGUUGAAGUAAAAAUAUAGUUGUUCGAAGGAUUCCUGGGUGAAUAAGAGAACAUUCAAGAAAGGAAAACUGCUUUGAAAGUGUACACCAUAAUUAAUGAUGGUUUAAUAGGGAAAUUAUUACUCCUACGAAACCUGAAUCUUUUUAUUGUGAAUGCUGAUUAGCAAGAAAGUAGCCAUGAAUAUACACAGAAUGCAUGCCUUUGGAAUAUUUGACAAGAGUGUUUUCAAUAAAAAAUAUUCCAUA